AUGGAUCAGAAACAAGGUAAACCGAAAAACAAGAUCCUGAAAUUUCUGCCCAAAGCCGCUUCCGGGGUUUAUUUUCACAACCCUCCUUACAGCCCUUCGAGAGACAGGAGAUUAGAAAAUGCCGCCAAGCUCAAAGCUCACGGCCGACGAGGAUUCUCCGGCCCUUUAAUGAUCUCGGACGACGCCCGGAGAAAACCCAGGACUGGAAGCUUUGACUACCACACGCAAGAAGACGAACCCACCUCGCCAAAAGUGUCGUGCAUGGGCCAGAUCAAGCACAAGAAGCAGAUUAAGAAAAUAAAGCGUGCUAAUAUUCACAAUUUGAUCCCUAAAGAUGCAUCAAAGCCUCCGGCUCCGUGGUCUCCUCGCGAGAUAAAGAAGCACGGCUUUGCGUUCCGGAGGAUGUUUAGCAGCGUAAACCCUGCAAGGAAAUCCGAUUCUAGUAACGUUAAUCAUGAUCAUGAUCGUACGGCACCGAGGCUUCCAGAUAGAGCGCCUUCUUUGAGUCAGAUGAAGAGGUUUGCAAGUGGGCGGGGUAAUGCUUUUGCAAACUUUGAUAUCAAUCAUCACGACUGUUCAGAUGAAGACAGAGGAGACAGCGAUGGAGAAGAAGAUGUGAGAAUUGCCUUCUCAGCACCUCUAGUGGCUGGUGGAGAUCAAUUUCAUCAAGUACCAUUGCAGCCGAGGAAAGAAAUCAACAUAUGGAAGAGAAGAACCAUGGCUGCACCUAGUCCGCUAGAAUUGAAGCCCAUGGUCAGGGCUAAUUAA